AGGCGGCCCGUAUAAAUGCCAAGUUCCCCCACUGUUGAGCACAUCAGUCGACAAGCAGCAGCGCGGCAUCUGGCCCAGCACAGGGACCUGAGCAGCCGCGGCAUGAAUCCCUUCAAGGUGCUGACGGUCGCCAUGUGUGCCGUCCUAGCGAUGGCAGGCGACAUUGGAGGAGGCGGAGGUGGCGGAGGCUACGGCGGCGGCGGGGGUGGCUUCGGAGGUGGCCUCGGAGGAGCCAGCUUCCUAGGUGGAUUCGGAGGCGGAGGCUUUGGCGGAGGCGGCGGCGGAUACGGUGGCGGUGGAUUUGGAGUCAAACUUUUCCCAUGCCUGAAGCAACUCUUUAUCUGCCCUCUCUUGCAUCUUCCCUCAGGCGGUGGUGGCGGCGGCGCCAGCAAGACCAUUGUGGUUUCCGUCAGCGGUGGAGGCGGUGGUGGUGGUGGAGCUCCCGCUCCCCGGCCCGUAACCCGCUACACUGCCCACAUCGACCGAACGCCAUUGCCCAUCAAGUACAAACAGGGUCUUGUCGCCACCGGCAAUGGCAUCUCCCUUGUCGAGCCCAUCAUGGUUGCCACCCAAGUGCCAGGACCUAGGAUCAGUUUCCCGCAAGGCAUUCCCCGACCACAGCAAGCCUCUGUUCACGUAGCUGAGAUCCAGAGGGUCGAUGGUGGAGGCGGUGGAUUUGGAGGCGGCGGCGGUGGUGGUUUCGGCGGUGGAGGUUUUGGCGGCGGCGGAUUUGGCGGCGGCGGAUUUGGCGGCGGCGGAUUCGGUGGCGGCGGAUUCGGCGGCGGCGGUUUCGGCGGCGGAGGCUUUGGUGGAGGCGGCGGCGGUGGAUACGGAGGCGGUGGUUUCGGAGGUGGACUUACCGGUCUCGGAGGCGGCUUCGGAGGUGGUUUCGGUGGAGGAUUCGGAGGCGGUUUCGGAGGCGGCGGCGGCGGUGGAGGCGGCGGAAGUGUGUUCCCGCACCCCAGAGUUGAAGUAGCCGAAGCCGUGCACAAGAUUCCACUGGGAACAGCAGCCGAUACGCAUAAGGAGGGAGGCGGCGGCGGCCACGGAGGUGGCGGCGAUACUGCUAUCCUGAGCGUUGACGUUCACCACCACGGCGGUGGCGGAGGCGGAGGUGGCGGUUUCGGUGGCGGCCACGGUGGUGGAUUCGGAGGCGGCGGCGGUGGCUACGGAGGCGGCGGACACGGCGGUGGUGGCGGAGGCCACGGAGGCGCUGCAUUUGCUGCCAUUCCAGUGAAGGUGGUUGAGGUCGCCGGAGCCGCCGGCGGUGCCGGCGCCGUAUCGGGUGGAGGCGGAGGCGGACAUCAUGGGGGAGGAUGGCACUAGACCUCAUGACGAACCAACUAGUUGAUAUGAAGAAUUGUCACCAGCUGCGAGCACCUUGCUCCGACCUGCCAAAUGCGCCGCGCAUGGAGGCGCCCACUGUCAGCACUGCCACGGCACCAGAGAACACCAGCCGAACACUGUCAUCCUGUUUUGUAAUAUACUGUUGCGAGACGUUGUGUGAACGUCUCAACCUUUCUGUAAAAUAAACCUUUGUAAAUAUGGUUAAAAUAA